AGAACCUGGGAAGGCAGAAGAAGCAUUUUGCUCCCAGGCUGUGGAGAACGCGCAAGGAUGGCCCCCACCAAAAAGGGGAAGGGGAAAAAAGCAGCAAAGCAAAAGAAAGACACUGGGCCAGAUGAGGAAAAGUACAGAAAAGCAGUGCUGGAGGUUGAUACCCUAAAGCAGCACCUUGUUCUCCGGAGGGAUAUGGCCAGGCAGGCGAUGGCUGACAGUGAAGGACUCAAGCAGAGGCUGCUAGAUCUGGAGAAAGAACUGGAGGAGGCUCGAGGGGACAAAAAGGAUAUUUAUGAAGAGAUGAUCCGCAAGUACCAGCAGCUUCAGCACCAGACUAAUACCCGGAUCCAUCGUUUAGAAGCGGAGACGCAGAACUUGCAGGCACAACUUGCUGCCUGCCAAGGUGAUCUGCUACAAAGCCAGCUGGACCAGGCAAGGAUACUGGAAGAGAAGGACAAGGCCGUAGCCGAGAUGCAGCGCAAGGUUGACGAGAUGGAGACAGAAUAUGAAAAAAUCCUGCAUGGUAGCCUGGACUGCGUCCUCUCUAAAUUGCAAAGUGCCAAGCUCACUUGGGAGAAGGAGGCUACUGUCAUCCAUAUGGACUAUAAGCACCAGCUGAAGGACUUUGGUCUUAAUCCAUUGUACAUCUGAAGGAAG